AUGGGGAAGGUUGAGAAGGUAGAUAUUCGGGUGGCUGAAUAUUUGGAAUUAGCCGGAAGAGAAAAGUGGGCUAGAGUGUAUGCGUCUGUUAACCAAGGAUGGACAAUGACUUCAAACAUAGCAGAGUAUAUUAAUUAUCACCUUGUAGUGGUCGAAUCAUCAACCGAAUACUUGUACACAGUUCAUGAUGCAGGAAGGCAUUUCAUAGUUUGCUUGAAAAAUAAAACUUGCAGUUGUCAGAUGUUUCAAUUAGAAGAAAUUCCAUACCCACAUGCAUGGGCUGUCAUUAAGAAGAAAAAUCUAUCGGCUGAUGAUUAUUGCUCAGAAUUGUUCAAACCACAGACCGUGGUGAAGACAUAUGAUGUAGCCGUGGAUCCUCUCCCUGAUGAGCGUGAAUAG